CGUCGUAUUCCUUUCUUGGUAUCCAUUUAGCAGAUGCAGUCCUGUCUCACUCUCGACUGAGUUAACUUGGUACCGCCCAUCUGUUACACUACGAGGACAACAAACACACCGCCCGGAGCGCGAGAUUGUCCUCCGGGCUCCGAAUAUGGAGGGAGUCGGAUCGAGGCUUGGCCGGGCGUCUUCCCGCUACGGACCAUCUGCCGCCGUGUUCAGCGGUCCAGUAAGGAAGUGGAAGAAGAAGUGGGUCCACGUUUCUCAAUCCAGAUUCAACUACCACAGCUCCCACUCCCAAUCCAACGGCAGCUCUCGCCUCCUUCUCUGCCGCUGGACCCCUGUCUCUCCCAGCACCGUCUCUGAAACCAACUCCCCUGGCUCUGCCGACGAGCCGCCGAGACGGAAGUUCCGCUACACUCCUAUUGCUGUGCUAGAAGAACAGAAAAAGGCGUACAUUAAAAAUGCGGAAGAUGAAGGUAACAAAAUUCAGACCGAUCAUUAUCUGAAGCUGAACAUUGAUGAAGUUCCGAAAAAAGAAACUCAGGAUUCAAAUAUAAGCCAUUUGGAUUUGGGCUUGUGCUUGAAAGGCCACAAUAGCAACGUCGACUCUGUUGGUCAGAACAGAGAUUCAAGUGGGGUUUGGUCAACACGUUGAUGUUCAGCUUUUGCGGAAACAAAAUGAUCUGUACAAAUUGCUCAUGCAAUUACAUUACUUCAGUAUUUGGUGGCUAUUAUGGCCAUGGGACAUUGUACGGUCAACUAUCUGGACGUGAUACUGCUUAAUUCUGUAACUAAGUCGUAGCCUUGGUUUGUCUUAUAUAAAUAUCGAGGCUAGUAAGUUCAGUAGUGCAUAAUGCGCAAGCACAUGAUGACUUGAUGGUGGUGUUGUCUGUUCACGCUGUUUCACCUCUGAUGGUCCGUUUAUGCUUUAAUAUUUCAUAGCUUUCUGGUA